AUGCUGCAUAUCCGCAAGCUCUCGGGUGAGGAGGUGGCAAGCAUGCCUGUCAAGGAGGUGAGCUGCAUAAGGGAAGUGAAGCAGCGAUUGCACCAGCGUCAUGGCCUGCCGCCGCGCUUCAGGCAGAGGCUCGUCCUCGAGGGCGCCAAUCUGGAUGAUGCAGCCAAUAUCGACUCGCCUCGAGAGCUUGAGCUUGUUGUGCUUCCUCUCUCCAGUCCUUCCCUGAUAGACACGAACGAGCUUGUUGCUGCCGCCGUCGAGUCCAUGCUGCAGCGGCCUCUGGACCCGAACCUUGCUCACCACUGGUCCAAUGAGCCCACAGUCUUGAUGAACGCAGCUCACUACGGCCACGCUGAAGUCGUGCGUUUGCUGCUGGAGGCCAGGGCCGACAAGGACAAGGCCGACAACGAUGGCGUCACAGCCCUGUCGAUGGCAGCUGACGAGGGCCACGUUGAAGUCGUGCGUGUGCUGCUGGAGGCCGGCGCCGACACAGACACGGCCAACAUCGAUGGCUACACAGCCCUGCAGGUUGCCGCUAUCCCGGGCCACGUUGAAGUCGCGCGUUUGCUGAUGGCGGCCGGCGCCCAAAAGGACAUGGCCAACAACACUGGCAACACAGCACUGAUCACGGCAGCUGCGUGUGGCCAGUUGGAAGUGGUGAGAUUGCUGGUAGCAGCUGGCGCCGAUAAGGACUUGGCCAACAGACAGGGCCACACGGCACUGUGCAUCGCAGCAAAAUGUGGCCAUGCUGAAGUCGUGCGUCUGCUAGGCUCGGGCCCGACAAAUUCACUGUCGUGA